AUUUAAUUUAAUAUGAGAUUAUCGACCUUGUUAAACAUUAUAUACAUAUUAGGAUUAGUCAACUCGCUGAUCGUUGAUACCGAUGUGGAAAUUGUGUGUUCUCCAAGUGAUCCCCACGACUGUUACCCAAAAUUAUUCACUCCUACAAAUGAAUGGCAAACUAUAAAAGAAGGUCAAGAUAUUCCACCUGGCUUGCAUGUUAGAUUGAACAUCGAUACUUUGCAAAGAGAAGCAAAGCUCAUGGACGCUGAAGCUUCAUCUGAGAAUAACGAGCUUGUGUUGAGUAACGACCAGCCCGAUCAACAGCAAGAAAAUGAUGAUAAUAUUGAAUUGCAAAAACAAGAGAUAUUAAAGAAGAAAAUUGAAGAUUUCAAAGUGAAGCAACAAGACGAACACAAUGAGCAGAAGAUUAUUCCCAAGAAGUCCAAAGUUUCAAUUGAAGACUUGAACGAUUUUGGUUCAUCGGUUGAACAAUUAGAUCAAUUUCGAUACGAUCAAGAUUUAACACUAUUGGAAAAAGCUUUAGACAAUUUGAUUGAAUUGAGUCACGAUAUUGAAUUUGGAGCUAAAUUAACUAAUAGCAAACAAACUUUUGAUACUCUAUUACAUAUAAUAGCAAUAAUUCCAAUCAAUCAUGAAAUACAUGAAAAGAUUUAUAGAAUAAUGGGUUCAAGUUUAAGAAAUAAUCCUGAAGCAAUUGAAAAUGUCUUGAAUAAUCAAUCAGAAACUUUUAUUCAAGUAUUUUUCGAACAAUUAAAGUACCCGAGUAUACCAGACAUUGUUAAAAAGAGAAUUUUGGGUAUAUUACAAGCAUUAUGUUUGAAUGAACAAUUUCAAUUUAAAUUUUUCAAUAAAAAUAAUCCAACUAUUGGUAUACUGAAAUUGAUUGACAUUUUCCCAAAUGUUGAAGAAUCAACAAAAUUAAGAAUUAUUAAUAUUUUUGAAGACUUAGGAUUAAUUGAAUUUGUUAAUAAUAAUGAAUCCUUUGAUAAAAGAUCAAUUGAGGAAGCGGUAUCUCCUGAUCAUAAGAUAUCAAGCUAUUUGCAAGAUCAAUUAGCCAAUUCGAAAAUUGAAUCCGAGGACCAUUUCAAAUUCUUAUUCAAUAAAUUGGUUGAAUUACAUCAAAAAGAUAAUAACUUAAAGCCUAACAAGAAUUUCAUUGAGUGGUUAAGUCAAGAGUCAAUGACAAGACAAAAUAAUGCUAAACCCAGAGAUGAGUUUUAUUCAAACACUGAUCCAGAAUUUGAUAAAUCAAUGUUAAGAGCAAGACAUGAAGUAUUUGGUAACAAGAACGCUUAUAGAAAAGUUGCUGAUGAACUUUAA